GUACAUGGCGGGCUUUGCAGGGCUGGCGCUGUGCGGGCAUGAGCUGGUGGUGCGGGGCGGCAGCCGGUUGCUGGCCACCUCCACUUCGAGCAGUGAUGAUGACAGCCUCUUCAUAUAUGAUUGCAGUGCUGCAGAAAAGGAGGCACAAGAGCAUAAAGGGGAGGACGGACAGCCCGUGGAUAAGGGGAGUGACACGAUUCUGGCGUCCACCUUCUCCACGUCUGGCAGCUAUUUUGCUUUAACUGAUGACAGUAAGCGUCUGAUUCUUUUCCGUACAAAACCAUGGCAAUGUCUGAGUGUCAGGACUGUGGUGAGGCGGUGCACAGCCCUGACCUUCACGGCCUCUGAGGAGAAGGUUCUGGUAGCAGACAAGUCUGGGGAUGUUUAUUCCUUUUCGGUGCUGGAGCCGCACGGGAGUGGCAAGCUUGAACUGGGACACCUGUCGAUGCUGCUGGAUGUGGCCGUGAGUCCUGACGACCGCUAUGUCCUCACCGCCGACCGGGACGAGAAAAUCCGGGUGAGCUGGGCUGCGGCUCCGCACAACAUCGAGUCCUUCUGCCUUGGGCACACCGAGUUUGUGAGUCGCAUCUUCGUGGUGCCCGACCACCCCGAGCUGCUCUUGUCCUCGUCCGGGGACCGCACCCUGAGACUCUGGCAGUACAGAAGCGGCCGCGAGUUGCAUUGUUGUCACCUGUCCAGCCUGCAGGAGCCAACGGAGCCCUGGAGCGACAAGAGGUUUGCUGCGUCCAGGAUCACUUACUGGCGCCAGGAGGACUGCGUGGCACUCCUGUGUGACGGGCUGCCCGUGGUCUUCCUCUUCCAGCUGGAUGUCCCCCGGCGGCAGCUGGUCUACCAGCAGCAGCUGACUUUCCAGCACAGAGUGUGGGACGCCGCCUUCGAGGAGGCCCAGGGGCUGUGGGUCCUGCAGGACUGCCGGGAGGCCCCCCUCGUGCUCUGCAGGCCUGUGGGCGGCCAGUGGCAGUCUCUUCCUGAAAGUGCUGCGUCAAAGAGGGUCUGUGCUCACCUUCGCGAGAACUGGGCCAUGUUGGAAGGCUCUGCUGGCACGGACGGUGGCUUCAGCAGCCUCUACAAGGCCACCUGCGACAACAUGGCCCCGUACCUGAAGAAAAAGGAGGAGCGGCUGCAGCAGCAGCUGGAGAGGAAGCGGCACAGGCGGCCGCCGCGCGGGUCCAACGGGCAGAGCAAGAAGAUGAAGGCGGAGCGCGCGCCACGGGGCUGCUCGUCCUAGCUCUGCUCGGCGUGCUCCUCGGGGGUGCUCGCCACCUCGGGGCGGCAGGAUGCUGUGCUCGCCCCUCCUGCCCGCAGCGCCCUGAC